AGUUGGCGUCGUCUUGUGGCACCCGAAGGGAAACUGUACUUCUACUGUCCAGAACUAAUGCUUUAUACGAACACAUAUAUUCCCGACGCACUGGCUGCUUUGGGCGAACUGGAGGGAAAGGCGAAAUCAUUGAGGAAGUCACUACCAGAAGAACGGCAGAAUACGUCAGAGCUUGUCCUAGAGUUGCUCCCUGACAAUGUGUGGGGCUACUAUUUUGCGGAUACAGCGGCGAGGAUGGUUUUCUGGAAUCACGCUAUAGAUCUUGCCGAUAUCAUUCAGUCGAAUCCGCGAUUUGUUGUGUCGGACAACCAUCUGGGUAUGUCUUUUCAAUUCUCU